AUGAAGACUAAAUUUCAAGGAACUCAAAGGGUUCAGCGUGCUCACCUCAAUGUUCUUCGUAGAGAAUUUGAAAUCCUUGAGAUGAAAGUUAGAGAAUCAAUCACGGAGUACUUUGGGAGAGUGAUGCUGAUCGCAAACAAUAUGAGAAACUAUGGAGAGGAUAUGCCGGAUUCAAAGAUCGUUGAAAAGAUUCUACGAACUCUUACAGAGAAGUACAUCUAUGUUGUUUGUUCAAUAGAAGAAUCGAAAGACACUGAUCGUCUUUCAGUGGAUGAAUUGCAGAGUUCUCUAUUAGUUCAUGAGCAGAAGUUCAAAAGGAGCAAUGGAGAUGAACAAGCUCUCAAGGUGACUCAUGAAGAGAAACACGGUGAAAGAGGACGUGGGAGAGGUGUGUUUAGAAGAGGCAGAGGCAGAGGUAGGGGUCGCCAAACCUUCAACAAAGCCACAGUGGAGUGCUACAAAAUGCCAUCAACUUGGACACUUUCAAUAUGA